CUUUCUUCUUGUACAUGUAGAUCAGUAAUGAUGUUCCUGAGACAUACAUAAACAUUGUGUCUUUCAGUCUGUUUUCUCUGAGUAACUAGGUUAUUUAAACAAAUGUGCCACUCAAGCUAAUGUGGAGUAAAGUAACUGACUUAUUAAAAUCCCAACCUUAUAAUAAAAUGUAGUAAAAUGCAGUAAAAUAAAGUGUUUAGUUUGGUUAAGAUGAAACAUGUUUACACCACGAUUGCAUGGUUUUACUGUACGGCUCUGCUUGUCUGUGUCUCCCUCUCUCAGCUUUCACUUCGUUGGUCUCUCCCCCUCUCAAAGGCAAACAUUGCAGGCAGCACUCGAGGUGCACCGAGAGGCAAACAGCAAACACAGGGACUGAAAUACAGAAAGCAGAGAGUGCUCAGGAAGGAGAAAGAAGAAGGGCAAGAGACACAGAUUCUUUGUGAAAGUCUGACAAAUGCAUGUCAGCCCUCAGUGACUCAGCUGUGGACUGGUGUCUUAGCAGGAUGGACUUUAUUUUGGUUCGCUGGGCAUCAAGCAGGAGCAGCUCUGUGAAUGUUUGGCGCUCCUUCAUGCUUGUUUCUGGCAAUGCAGCACUUGUGAUGAAUGGGAAACACAGCAAGGAAGAUGAACCUUGAUUCUGUGGAUAGUUCGAUCCAGAAGCUUCUGUCUGCGCUGUACCCACCCUAUGAAGCUACAGCCCCCACGCUGCUAAACCAACUCUUCCAAACCAUCGACAGUCGUUUUCAGGGAGAUGCACUUCGUUGUUUCUUGGACUUUCUGAUCCCGGCUAAGCACAUUUUAAACACAGUGCAGCAGGGAGCAUGUGCUCAGUACUCUGAGGCACUUUUCCUGUGUGAAGGCUGGCCUCUGUGCUUACGCGACCAAGUUGUGAUCCAUCUUGCCCCCAUUGACCACCUGCUUCUUCAACCUGGCGACUUUUAUCUCCAGGUGGCGCCAUUCUGUGACCAGUCAGCCCGCAUUUUGGUCUGCAACCUCUUGGAGGAGGAAGGAGUUAAUUUAGAUGUAGUGGAGGAGACUCCAGUCUCUGAGACCUCUUACCUUUCUAUAUUUAAUCCUGACUUCUUAUGCGAGAUCAACCACGGCCGCUGUGGAACGCCACUUAGCCAAUGCUUGCUCACCACUGAGGAAGGUUUGGUGAGGUUGCCAUGGGAACAGGUGGCUGUGCCUGAUUUUGGGGACCUGCCUCGGAGGGCUGGGAGUAGCAUGGCCUCUGCUCCUCCAACAUAUCCUCCUCCACUUCCUCUUCCUUCAUCUCCUCCUGACUUUCCAGAAAAGAGCUCACCUAGUAAAUCAUUUCCUCUGUCAACUGAAAAGCCAUUGUUGUUCAAACAGAGCUCCCAAAAUAUCCAGAAUUCCCAUCCCUCCGCUUUCUCUGUAGAAACUAGAAUAUGUCCAGCAAAACAUGGCAUAGCCGUGUCACUUUGCCUUGUGGACAGUAGCUCUGCUUCUUCAUCCCAACAGCUCAAAGUUAAAGAGAGUGAAACAGUGUGUAAGCCAAUAGGCUGGGUUUCCCCUAAUACCUGGGACAGCCGCUUUACUGGGAUGACUUCCUCUUUGAGUCGAAACAUAUCUGCUGGCAAAAAUAAAGGUGAUUCUGAAAGCACACUGAAGAAAACACAGACUUUUACAAAAGCACAAGAUAUGAGCAGAAAUUACCCAGCAGACCAUGCUGUUGCAGAUGGGGAAUACAUUGAUGCAUUGCAAGCCAGCAAGCUAUUUGGUAAUGACCAUUUACUCACUAAAGAGAAAUCAAAUGUGGAAAGUCAACCACCCAUACAAACUGAAGCAGAAAAUCGAACAUACCCGUUUAUGCAAAGUCGGGCAUGUAAUCAAUUCCUUCAGGAAGAGUCACAAACUCAUUUGCAGUUAACAGGUAAAUCACACGGUAAUCAUCAGUCUGGAGAUGGAGGACCACCAUUAACACACACACACCCACAAGCACAUUUGCCCACAGAGUCAUAUGAACCCCCUCAGUGUAUUCGCACUGUUCGCUUUGCAGAGAAACCCUGUACUCCGUGCAUGAAAAGGCGACAAGGCGGAACAUUUUCCAGAGCUCAAGAGUUGCGAUGCAGGUACAGGGACUCGUAUCAGGCUGCUUUACAAAACCCUGUCACCUUUGGAAAAGAAAAAAUGAAGAAUAAGCUAACAGUUGUGGAAGAGGAUGGUGAUGCAUCUUUACCCAACAAUUGGAAACAGAGAUCAGUGGGGACUGAAACAGGGUAUCCAUGUUAUAAUGGUCAAGAAACACAGUGUGAUCCUAAGAGACAAGACCAACCUCCUCCUCCUUCUGUUAUUGAAGGCAUUUGUAGAGGAUCUGGAGAAAAAAAUAAAAUUCCUUACUGGAAACUUGGAGAUACAAGCAAAGCUUCCUGUAAGGACUAUAAGGCAACAAAUAAUUUGCAUCCUCUGGAGCCACCAUCUAUAAGGAAAAUUGAACAAUUAAAAGAUAUUGAACAGUCGAGCAAACCUCAUGGCAGCUUGCAAAACGUCAAUGGAGCAAAUACAACCAUGGAAGCAAUUACAGACACUAAAACUACUUUGUCACACAAGAACAUCUCUAAACACUCAGAUCUUCCCCACAACAGGUAUGGAUCAACAUUUAGUUUCAGUGAAAUUCCAAAAAUGGACGAACCUCAUGAAAGACUGCAAAGCAGCUCUACAGAUGGAAGAUGUUCAUCACUGUCCACAGCGGUGGUGGACAUCUCUGCAAAGUGUGAGCUGGUAAUUGUUGAGGGCCAAACAGUACGGAGAAAUGAAAACACUGACUCGUGUGCCGAGAUUCCCCAGCUACAUGUGGUGAAAUGUAAAAACAGCACAGCCUUUGGACUGGUUUCCCCCAAAAUAACCAGGAAGAAAAUCAUCAAUCCAGGAAGUGAGCAAAGGAGUGAUUCUAUUGGCCAACAAAUAGAGAACCUGUCUCACAGCGUCCGCCCUCCGAUCGUGGACAUUCAGAGGCUAGCGCACCGCGGCCCUGCUCGCCCUCGACCUGACCACCUCCCCCUGGAAACCCCAGACCCAAGCGCCCACCCCCUCUAUCAAGGAGUGGCAUGUCUCACAGGUUGCAAAGACAGAACAGGCAGAGCAAUAGUCGAGUUCUAUGGAAAUCACCAGGGAUGGAAUUCAUCUGUAACAAGCUACGAUCUCUUCCAAAUGUUACUCUACUUCCACUCCAUUACCAGGAAAGAAGUCAGAGAAGCUGGGUUGACGCUUAUUUUUGAUGCCAAGAAGAGGCAUCCACCACCCCAGCUCUACAAGGCAUUAAUGGAUCUUCAAGAGUGGCAUCCCUGUGUAGUGAAUAGUUUGGUCCUCGUGGUGGACAAAGACAACGCCCUUCUGCCGGAAAAAUGUCCGGGGAUACAGACCAAUGUGGUGACAUCGAUAAAAGCUUUGCUGAAGCUGGUGGAGAUAAAUCAUUUGAGCUCAAACUUGGAUGGGACGCUGUCUCGCAGCCCUUGUGUCUGGGUGGAGGUGCACCAGAGACUUUUCCCGUUCGUUAAUGGCCUUCAUGAGGCAUCCAACCUGCUACGCAGAGCGCUUCAUAAAUUAGAAGAACCUCAGAUGACACAAACUGUGCAGGCUGUGCAGCAAUGCAUGAUGAACCGGAAGACUCUGAUUAGGGACGUCUUGGAGGAUAGCCGAUUGGUUAGCCUGCAGAGAGAAGGCGGGGCUGUUCUGGCUAGACUGAGGAAGGAAAGUGACUUAAAAUAUCCUCAAUGUGAAGACCUCAGUGAUGCAGUGGAUUCAGUGACCUGCUUGUACAACUACGUAGAGGAGCAAGCUCACAUCCUAGUCCAGAAGACCAACAUGACACUGGAACAUCUGGAGUAUCUGCUGCCACUCAGAGAGAUAGAGGGACACCUCAGACAGAUUCAGCAGUGGUUUAACCAGGAGGGAGAGCGCCACCUGCUGGAGGCUAAAUCAGUUGAAGAAUCUGGUGACAGGAUGGAACAGAUUCUUAACAGCUUCACAAGUUUCUUGAUUGAAGCCAACGACCGAAGACAUCAUGCAGCGCCCCUACUAUCAGAGGCAGAAAGGCUCCAGAAAAAUGGGUUGUCCCACCCAGAGACUGAGAUUUUUGGGGCUUAUGUUUGCUCUUUUAAAGCUAAUCUUGAGGAUUUCUUGGGCAGAGCAGAGCAAUGUGGACGUGAGCUGCAGAUCAUGGUUAAUGUGUGCGACUUCUGUGAGCAGGCUACAAUGCUGGCCACUGAAUGUACUGAUUACUUGAACCAAAGUCGACCCAGAAUCCACAAAAAACAAGAUGCCAACAGAACCUCACAGGUCAAUCAUACAAGCACUCAGCCACUGCAGCAAAGCCAGAACUCUGGUGUGAGCAUGACAGAUAGUUGUCAGCCCGAAAUCCAUGCAAAUCAAAACUCAGAUCCAAUCUCCACUAACAAAUCAGCACCUUCUACUGACAGCUUCAUUCUUCAGGCUUUCCAAGAAAGGUUCCGGCAUUUCAGCUCUGAGAGUUUCCAGGAGGUAAAGGCCCAGGCCAGCUCCCUGCGGAGUUCUCGGGGAAUGCGGGUCUGGAAUGCUGCCUGGCUGAUAUGUCAGAAAGCCCAGCAGCAGCUCCAGGAGAGGAUGCAAGAGAUGGAUGAACUUUACUAUCAACAAGCACAUUUUAACCGGUGGUGUGCUGGUCAUUUUGUGGAUGUGGAAUGUACCAAUGUUCAGAAUGAACCUCCUGGUGGACAAAGCUUGGUGGUACAAUCAAGCUUUGGACCUGAGCGACCGCAGUGGGAGGGUGUUGUGUCAGGAUGUGGAGAUCUAAAGGAAAGGAGGCCCACCCUCUGCGACAGCAGCCCCAGUUCAACUGCAGCCUGCUGUAACAUCAAACCUGAGGAAAACAGCAGAAGUAAAAUCUGCCAGGAGUCCCAGAUCACUCCACAGUCACAUCACAGGUCUUCAAGAAAAAAUGAAAAGGGGACGAGACGGAGAGAGCUGAGCAGAGCCAGGAGUGAGAGGGAUGCUGCUGCUCUGUCUCAGUCCCACAAUGUUGGCUGCCAGUGGUUUCCUUGGGGACGUAGAUCAGUGAGCCAGGAUUUAAGCAACGCUAGAGUCAUCACAGCUGACUCCUCCACUUCUCCUGAACAGAGGACUCCACCACCCUCCUCUUGUUCCCACCAUGGUCAGCCAUCGUGUCGAAUCCUCCAGGAAGCUCAGAAGUUUCAGAUCUCUCGUCAUGGGAGCUUCUGUUCAGAGGACUCCUGCGCGAGUGACCAGGGGGCUUUAGGAGGAAACAGGGCCGUGUGUUGCCAAAACUCCAGUCUGCCUGGCCAAGGAUGUGAGGGAUCAUUUUGUUUGGCAAAGCCACAUGAGAGUUCAAGCAGUGCUCUGAGGCUGCAGCGUGUCAUGGAAGAGCUGGUCUUCACAGAGAGGGAGUAUGCGCGCUCACUUGGUUACAUCCUGACCCACUACUUCCCCCUCAUGGACAGAUUGGACAUUCCCCAAGACCUCAGAGGAAAGCGAGGGAUCAUAUUUGGCAACCUGGAGAAGCUCUAUGACUUCCAUAACCACUAUUUCCUACCUGAGUUGGAGGCCUGUGAGAGAGAGCCAGCCAUGAUAGCUCGCUGCUUCCUCAGACAUAGUGAGAGUUUUGGUCUGUACUCUUUGUACAGUAAGAACAAACCGCAGUCCGAUGCUCUGAUUCUGCACCGCCGCCAUGAUAUCUUUAAGAAGAAGCAGCAGGAGCUGGGAGACCUGAUGGAUCUGUCGUCAUAUUUACUGAGACCGAUCCAGAGGAUCAGCAAGUACAGCCUGCUGCUGCAGGACAUGCUGGCCUUGUCCAGAUCAUACAGGCCAAAAGACAGGAUUGAAGAUGCAUUCUCUGAGUCUGAUGAGUGUGGCCCGCCUGCUUAUGUGUCUGACCUGAGGGGCAGUGAGAGGGAGAGGGAGCUGGCUGAGAUCCAGGCUGCUGCAGACCUAGUUCGCUUUCAGAUGCGCCAUGGCAAUGAUUUACUCACCAUGGACGCUAUCCAGGACUGUGAUCAGAUUAAUUUGAAAGAACAGGGGCAGCUGAUUCGCCAGGACGAAUUCACAGUUUUCUUUAGGAAGAAGAAAUGUAUUCGUCGCAUCUUCCUCUUUGAAGAUUUGAUUCUCUUCACCAAGCCCAAGAAAACAGAUGUUGGAAAUGAUGUUUAUGUCUACAAGCAGUCAUUUAAGACCAAUGACAUAGGGAUGACUCACAAUUCCUCUGUGGGCAGUCUGUGUUUUGAGAUCUGGUUCCGCAGAAGGAAAAGUGAGGACACGUAUACUUUGAAGGCCUCUAGCAUAGAGGUGAAGAAAGCCUGGACCAACGAUCUGGAAAGCAUUCUGUGGGAUCAGGCUGCUCACAGCAGAGAGCUGCGGCUGCAGGAGAGGGUGUUCAUGGGAAUAGGCCGAAAACUUUACAUGGACAUUCAACCCAGUGAAGCUGCAAUUUGUAAUCGCGGCGUCAGCUGUGUCUUGCCUGGAAGAAUCCCUGUGGCGUGUUGUUCACACAGGGCUUUAGAUCAUCCCCGGCCUCACUCUGUCGGGUCCGGCAGUACCGCCUCCACCACCCUCAGCCAAUCAUCAUCCUCCUCUGGCCGUGGCUCGCUGCCUCCUGCUGGUUGUCCGGGUAGCAUGUCAAAGUGUGCUGACGCCAAUCCAGUUGUGCACUCCUCUCCAGAGGUGGUGACAGAAAAUCAACUCAAUCAUCAUCUUCAUCAACACAACCUUCCACAGCACUUUAAACUUAUGAGCUCAUUAGUCUUGGACACCACAGAGUCAUCAGUGGAGGACACAAACUCCUUCAGCAUUUCAGACCAAAGCUUCCUGUCUGCCAUAAGUGGAGAGGUAGUCGACGACUCCUCGCUUGUAUCCCAGAGUUCACAGCAACAACCAUCAUUUUAUCGGACUCCCAGCCUGAGGAAAAACAGCUCACAUGAAGUUGUUAGACAGAAGCCAGACCUUCCUCCCAAACCACAGCAUCUGGCUAAAGCCCAGAUGCAGGUUGAGGAAAUUAUAUUUGGAAAAUCUACCGAAGUUUAACGAAGAAUAGUCAGGUAAAGAUUUGCUGUCGGGGGUUCUGCUGCAGUCGCUGUUCAAAUGAAGGGAUCACUACAGCCGUCAUUUCCACAUCUUAAGGAUCUAUUUACAAAAAAUGAUGGUGAUUGAAGCAGUUUGAACAGUUUGUGUUCUUCAAGACUUUUGGAGGAUUUACUCUUGAAUUUUAAAAAUCUCAGCAACUCGAGAUAACUGAUCUGAAUUGACCUAUUCAACUUAUGAUUCUUCUACCUAUAUGGUCUUUGCUCCAAAGAAGCCAAAAAUAAAAAUAAAAAAAGCUGCUGUUUGUCUUCAGUCUUUGUUGUCACUUGACGGUUUUGGUCCCAAGAUCACUAUGGAAAACGACCAGUGUCCAAAGAUUCAAUUCAAGUGAUCAUUUUCUUUGCCCAAAGCACAGAAGAGGCUGAACACGAGACUGAAAAAGGCCAGCUGGAGAAUCGUGGUCUAUGUUCUGACAGAAAACUGUUCUUUUCUGUGUUGAAUGCUUUAUUUACAAUGUUUUUAAAACAAAUUGAAAAUAUAUCUCUACGUUUUCUACGCCUAUCAUUUCCUUUGGUGUGUUUUUAUAAGUUGUGUUACUGCUAUUGCCAUGUUACAUUUUCUUUUCAUGUACAAACAUGUUUUUGCAGUUGGUAAAUUGUCUGUUUUUCCUGCUUUGUCUUGAGGGAGAGACCACUACUUGAUGUGUUUAAUUUAUUCCUGUGCUGCAGUUAACCCAACAAAACUUCUCUUCUUAGAAACUGAAACUAAAAUAAAAGACCAGGCAAUCAGCAAUUCUGUCAUGAAGGGUCCAUUUAUACAAAUAAAAGCUGUUUCACAUGUCCAGAAAUGACACUUUGAAUUUUUAAAAAGAGUAAUAUUUGAAAAUAUUUUAAUUUACUAUAGUUCUUUGGCAUAACUUUUUCAGAUUGUUGUAUUUUUGUUAGCUUUUUAUGAUUUCAUUGCGUGUGCUAUGGAAAUACGUAAACAGUAAAGGAACCUCAAAUAUAAAAAAAUUUAGAUCUAAACAGUUUUUUUAUGAUUUAUAAGGAAUUUAUCUGCUCUCUCAUCUUUUUUAAACGAUGAUACACAUGAUGUGAUUAUUAAAAAAGGUUAAUGAAGUUG